AUGUCCCGAAAUGACCACAUCAGGAAAUGCCGGGCUUGUCCUGAUAUGAUACCACAUGCUCGCUCUCUUUGGCCUAGGAAAAAUUCCAGCGCUGUUCUUUAUAAACCCAGUCUGUUAAACCCCUCCCACUUACAAGUAUGAACAGGCAAAGAUUAAAGCAGCAGAUCAACUUCUGGCAGGUCCCACCCCACAACAUUCAAACACAAAAACAGUCUUGUGAAGAAAAUGAGGAAGUAUGGCUUCACCUCUACUAAGCUUUAAAUCGUAUCAAUGGUCUGCUAAAUACUAAGUGCAGGAGUUCUCUGCUCAGACCUCCGUCGAUUCGUGUAGAGUGACAACCUUCAUCAAAGAGUGGUAAGCGAGUCAAGUGUGGCCUUGUCGUUCGCCAUGGAUCUCACUUUGUGGCAGUACCAGUUUCGCAUCAUCAUGCUUGGAGACUCCACUGUGGGCAAGUCAUCCAUGUUGAAGCGCUACACAGAGGAUCUGUUUCUGGAGUGUAUAAACCAGACAGUCGGAGUGGACUUCUUUGUACACUUCCUAGAGGUGGAGCCUGGGGUAAGGGUGAAAUUGCAGUUCUGGGAUACAGCUGGUCAAGAGAGGUUUAGAUCUGUCACUCGUUCAUAUUACCGCAACUCAGUUGGAGGUCUGCUUGUGUUCGAUCUGUGCAACCGCGACUCUUUCAAUCAUCUGAGGCAGUGGUACGAUGAGGUGCGGGAGCGCGUCCACCCGUACAGUGUGCUCUUCGUGUUGGUGGGUCACAAGAGCGACCGAGCAAAAGAAGGAGAGCGGGCGGUGGACCGGGCUGAGGCAGAAAAACUCGCGAGCCAGCUGGGAGCUCCCUAUAUUGAGGCCUCAUCCAAAACAGGUCACAAUGUGAAAGAAGCCUUUGAACUGUUGACCCGAAGGGUUUAUCAGGGGUUGAAGAGCGGAGAGGUGCAAGUGCGUGAAGGUUGGGAUGGAGUCAAGACCUCAGGACCUACAAUGAAAUCACUCCAGAGGGUCAAACUCAAUGAACCUGCUAAGGAAAAAAAGAGCUGUGCGUGUUGACUUAAAACAUGUCAACAUCUUGAAAAGCACUUAGGUCUUUAAACUUAACAUUAAGUUAAAAGCGAAAACCUUAAGGGCCCAAGGUAUAAGAUUGUACAUAAGAAAAUUUAAACAGACAACUAUUUCCUCACCCCGUGGAUCAAGUGCAUCUCGACUCAAAAUUUCCUUAUUUACCAACUUUACCGAAACAUAUGAAAAUCAUUUGCAUGUCACAAAAAAUGUUAAGAAAAUGUUAAAAGAAGAAAUUGUAUUUUCCCGUGACAAUAUUUUUAAUACAAUCACUGAGGAAAAAUGGUAUGUUAUAAAAAGUGGUUUAUUAAAAUGUUUCGUGCACAAGUAAUUCCCCCAUCAUUUCAUGUAAAAUGUGACCUCAAUAUGUUUUCAAUUAUUUUACCACAAACAUACCUUAAAUAUUUGUUCAUCAGUCUAUUUUUAGCCCCAAGAUGUUGUUUGUUUAGUCUGUCUCAUAAUUCUAGAAAUCUUAAUUUAUUUGUGCAAAACUGAGUAUAUUCAGGUUAUUUCAAAUAGUACAGACAGUCGAUACUCCACCCAAAAAUAAAAAUUCUGUCAUCAUUUGCUCACCCUGAAGUUCCAAACCUGAAUAAAUGUCCUUGUUCUGACAAACAGAGAAAGAUAUAUUAAAGCAUGUUAGCAACUUACAUUUCUGAGUCACCGUUAACUACCAUUGUAGAAUCAAUUAUUGUAUAACCUUUAUAUUGAACACAAAAUAAGAUAUUUUGAAGAAUUAAGGAAAGCAAACUUUUCUAGGUAACCUUUUUUUCAACUUUGGUAGUUAAUGGUGCCUCAGAAAUUCAGUUGCUAACAUUUUUACAAAUAUCUUUGUGUUCAACAGAAUUAAGGAAGAACUUCGGGAUUGGGUGGCGUAUCCCUUUAAGACCCAUCUGAAAUCAUUCAAAAUAGCCUAACAUUCUGCAGAAGGUAUGUGAGACCUAAUCCUGUACAUUUGUAAAUGACUAAAUUCAUAUAUAAUGGGUGUUAACAUAUUCAGAGUUGCCUCUCAAUCUUUAUACAUUUUUAUAUAACCCAGGAUAUGUUUUCAGAAAUAAUAAACACAAUCUGUUAAGCGAG